AUGGAAAGCCCAUCCCCAUCCGCCCCAUCCGUCCCUGACGAGAGGGAAGUUCAACGCGCCGCCCUUGUCGGUCACCGCCAGCGCCUAACCGAUGCCUUGGCGCUUGCUCCCUAUGAUCUCAUCCUUUACUUGGAGCGGGCUGUCGUUUAUUCUGACCUGGCAUAUCCCGAUCUUGCUGCCGGCGAUGCGUACCGCGCCCUCCUUCUGACCGACGAAGUCCUUAACGAGGGCCUUGUUCCCAAAGUCCUCAACCAUGGCGAUCUUCUUGUCAACAUGAAGAACAUGGCCGACGGCGACGAAGUCGAAGGAUCCGAGCCGUACCGUCAACUGGCUAUCACAGCUUCUGUUCGUUGCUUCCAGAUUCUAUCACUGAGCCUUCUAUUGUGUGGUUGUCUAGCGAGCGCGUCCGACUUUGUUGAAAAAGGUCUCAAGAUUCUUCCGGAAAACAAGGAGCUUCUAGAGAUCAAGGGAUAUACCGAGCAGGUUGCCAGGCGGCGGUUGCGCUUGAAGCCCGACGACCCGAUCGAUUUCCAUGAUCUUCCUGACGUCGGGGUUGUGCGCCGCGAGAUCUACCCCUGGAACACAUACGAGCCGGAUCGCUUCUCGGAGGAGUCACUGUCAUUCUUGAACGGUCAGCUCGAAACCAUGGCGCCCAAGUGCGCCGUAAAGGUUUCGUGCCUACCCGUUCUCCUCGAGGGAGAGAGCAACACCGACGAAUACGAGAUUAUCCCAACCUGCAACCAGCUGGGCCUCUUUGCGCAGGAAGAUAUUGCUCCUGGCGAGGCUGUCUUGAAGGAGUACUCGUUGCUGACGGCGAACAACCGCCACAAGGAAUCCACAUGUGAUGCCUGCGGUACUGAGCUACCACCACUCAAAGUUCAGACAGAAGCAGUCAGCUGCCCGGAAUGCUAUGAUACCGUCUUCUGCGACGAGUUCUGUUUCGAAAAGGCCCAGGAAGAGUAUCACCCGGCGGUUUGCGACAAGGACGUCGACUCGAUUGCGAAGGACCCCGAGGCCAAGGACGUUGCCGAAUCCCUAUACCUCCUCCUCUUGGCUCGCCUGCUCGCAAUGUCAAACCAUCAGGAGGUCCAUCCUCUGGAGCUGAAGGAGAUCAAGUACAUCUGGGGAGACUUUGUUCCUACCCAGCUGAACGACAUUGAUUUGUCGAUCAACGCCGGCCCACCGCCCGAGUGGACCUUGCCGUUCUCCUUCAAGUAUAACAUUGAGAUCCCUCUUCACAUUCUUGAGAAGAUGGACAUCGACAUCUUCGAGACGCUCCCUCAACACGACCUAUGGGUCUUUAACACAGCGUACAGCAAGUUCCGUGGCACUGCGUCUGCCCGCAAGGGCUUGCGUGACGGUCGUCCCGAAGUAGCGGCUGUUCAUCCCUUCUGGUGCUUGGCCAACCACGACUGCGAUCCCAAUGUGACUUGGGAAUGGGGUGGUCGGAUGACUUUGUUCGCUCGGGAGACUCGCGUUGUCGGCAACCGGCCAGGCGGCAUCAAGGCGGGCGAGGAGAUCUUGAACCACUACUGCGACGUCGAUUUGCCUGUCAAGGACCGAAGGGAAUGGGCCCAAGGAGCGCUGGGCGGUUGGUGUAUGUGCAAGAGGUGUCGCGAUGAAGCUGCCGCAACGAACGGUAGCGAUUAG